UUGACCGCAGUCACUCUUCAAGGUCACUUUGCCGGUAGCUGUCGUUCGUCUGAGUCUGCACAAAUUACUUCUUCUAAGAUGGCUAGUCAAAGAAAAUUUGUCGUAGGUGGCAACUGGAAAAUGAAUGGCAACAAAUCCAGUAUUGAUGGAAUUAUCUCUUUUCUCAACGCCGGACCGCUCGACGCAAAUACAGAUGUGAUUGUGGCCCCACCAGCAGCAUAUUUAGAUUAUGUGAGGUCAAAGGUCAAUGCGAAUGUAGCAGUGGCAGCCCAGACUUGCUACAAGGUGGACAAGGGAGCCUUUACAGGAGAAAUCAGUCCUUCCAUGAUUAAAGAUGUCGGAGCUACGUGGGUUAUUCUGGGCCACUCUGAAAGAAGGCACGUGUUUGGGGAGUCAGAUGAACUGAUCGGGGAGAAGGUGAAGUUUGCGUUGUCAGAGGGUCUGAAUGUCAUCGCCUGUAUUGGGGAGAAACUGGAUGAGAGAGAGGCAGGGCAGACCAAUGAUGUGGUGUUCAGACAGACUAAAGCUAUAGCAGAUAAUGUACUGGGAAGUGACUGGAGCCGAGUGGUGAUUGCCUACGAACCUGUGUGGGCCAUUGGCACUGGGAAGACAGCCUCCCCAGAGCAGGCACAGGAGGUGCAUCAGUCUUUGCGGAAGUGGGUGUCCGAUAACGUCUCACCUGAAGUUGCUCAGAAUGUCAGAAUACAGUAUGGAGGAUCUGUGAAUGCUGGCAACUGUAAGGAACUGGCAGCCAAACCCGAUGUUGAUGGUUUCCUUGUGGGCGGAGCAUCCUUGAAGCCAGACUUUGUCACUAUCGUCAAUGCUAGAAAAGAUUAGUGCAACCCCAGAUCUAUUGUUGUACCACCUACAUCCAACACUAAGUCAUGGUGACAUGUAUCAACCCAUAGUGAGAUCCAACCUGCACAGUGUAGAGCAGAGACACUGAAACAUUUCUUUGGUUCAAUUGAAUGCUUUGUUAUUGUUUUCAGAUCUUUUAUUUUUAAUGUCACCACUGAUCCAAGGUAAGUUCUGUGUAUCCAGCGUGAGAUUCUGUGCUAAUCACAAAUGACAGAUUGGUAAUCAACAGUUAUCAGUGUUGGCUAUCAACAGUUGCCAAUGUUGGCUAUCAACAGUUGCCAAUGUUGGCUAUCUACAGUUGCCAAUGGCAAUCUACAGUUAUAAAUGUCCAUGGUUACCAUUGUUACCUGAAUGAUAUAACAAGCUAUAGAAUCUCAAACAAUCUUCAUAUAAGUCAACACUGAUUAACAUUUUGGAAUUAAUGAUUUAGCCUGUAGUCAUGUUUGUACAGCCAUGUUUGUGAUUUGCAAGACUAUUUUGGAUGUUUCCUUAUAACAUCAUGGAUGUAUUAAACAAUGUGGUUUAGACAGAAUCAGGGUACAGCACUUGUCAUUGGUAUCUACAAACAUUUUGUUGAGAUUUUGUGCUUAUUGAGUCAGCAUAACUACACCGUUUUGUUUAAUCGUUUUCUGUACCCCAUUUUCUUGUUUUUAUACAUAAAAUCCAGUGUUGACAAUAUUAGAACAAUUCCAUGCUAACAUAGUCAUAGCCGACACUCUCUUUCUGCUAUGUUCUUGAUGUUGGAAGACAAACAUGUCCUUUGAAGUAAAACAAUCAUGACAGUAACACACUUAGCGUUGUAACAACAUUUGAUACAAGAGGCUGUAUGCUUACUCCAUGGGCUGACUAUUUACCUUCAACAGUGCUAUGUACUAACCAUUUUGAAAUAAAGAUACUCUCAGAAGAACAAGACUGAUUAUACUUGAGCUCUGCUGACUGAGUAUUGUGUGU